CUGAUCGGAACCAUCACAUCCACACCGGCGACGGUCGAGUCCGAACACGGCGCACCAGCACACCGUAAUAAUAUAUAUAAUAUACUCGCGAAUCGCAAUAAUAUAUCGUCAGCAUGUCUCCUCCGUCCGUCGCGCUCUCGUCCGCUUGCGUAGCUCUGGCCGUUUUCGGUCUCGCGGCGUCCGUGCCCGUAGAACAACAACCACAACAGCAGCGGCAUGAGGACGGCGGCGCGGGAUCUGGUGGAUUCGGCACGGUCCUGUGGUCGGUGUUGGACGACUGUUUCGGCGACGGCGACGCGGCCACGCCGGCCACCGUGUGCCUCAAGUCCAAAGCGCUGACGGCACUGGACAGGGCGCUCGGCAAGUCCGCGAUUACCGUCACGGACGGCUUGACGCUGACCGCCCGGGCCGGUAAGUCGCUGUCCGUCGACCCGCAAGCCGAACGCGCCGACCGCGCCGCCCUCGAUGCGGCCCCGGACGCCGACGCCAAGAACGCCCUGCUGGACGACAUGCUGGCCAGCCGCAUGGACAGGCUCAUGUCCACCAGGACCAUCGUGCUGGACGGUGCCGGCCAAGAAGGUCGCAAGAAGAAAGACAAGGCCAUGCAACAAGCCAUGAUGAUGGCCGGUAUGAUGGCUGCGGCGGUCAUGGGUCCAAUGGCUUUCAAAAUAUUGGCGCUGAUUGCCGGAAAGGCGCUGUUGCUGAGCAAAAUCGCACUGGUGCUGUCCGGCAUCAUAGCACUCAAGAAACUGCUGCAACCGCAACAGGGUGGUCACGAAUCCGAAUCGGUGUCCCACCACUACGGCCGGAGCAUGCAACAGCUCGAAGCUCAUGACGUAGCGUACUCGGGCCAAAAGCCGCAGUAGACGGUACUUUGUCAUAGCACUCGCAUUAUCGCGACGCGUUAUAGUGUGCUACUAUUAAUUUAUUAUUAAUUUAUUUUUUAUUUAAUAAGCCAAGUCGCGUUGUUUUACGAUUCGAAACCGGCCGUGAACAAAAAUUGUAUUCGUUUGGGUUUCGUACUCGUCUUUUGAAAAUAUAUUUUAAUCAUUGUUUUAAUAUUAUUUAUGAUGUACUAAAGAACUAUAGAUCUGAUAAAUGAAAAAAAUUCAAAAUAUUUAUGAA